AUGUCAUCUCCAAUGGUGGGAGCCAUGCUUGAAAAUGCAAUGUUAUUCCUUGCAUAUAAUCAAAUCCAAAUGAUGAUUAAAGAGUACACAACACCAGCAUAUAAACGUCAUUUAUUAUAUAACAAAAACUCGGCAGAUGAAGUAUCGCUUGACAUGGGUCAAUUGUGUUUGGCUGGAGCAUUAUCAGGAGCAUUAGCAUCAUUCGUGCUUACUCCAGUUGAAUUAAUUAAAUGCAAACUACAAGUUCAAGAAACUUUUACAUACAACAAAUCAUCAGCAUCAGUCAUUGAUAUUUCUAAUAAAUCAGCUACGCCAAAUCCAAUAUAUACAGGACCAUUAUCAGUUAUUAAACAUACAUUUAAACAACAUGGUAUACGUGGAUUUUACUGUGGACAUUCAGGAACAUUUAUUCGAGAAACCAGUGGUGGAGCUAUAUGGUUUGGAACUUAUGAAUUCGUUUCAAAAAUGUUUAUGCAUCAAAAAGCGAAAACAAUGAAAAUUGACAAAAAUUCGAUUAAGAAAUCAGAUAUAAAUCCAAUACAAUUAAUGAUAGCAGGUGCAUGUGCAGGGAUGGCUUAUAAUCUUUUCGUGUUUCCAGCAGACUCUAUUAAAAGCCAGAUGCAAACCGAAGAAGAAAUGAUGCAAGCUACAGGUAAAACUGUUACUAAACGUGGAUUUAUUAGAGUUGCAAGAGAUUUGUAUAAAGCUGAUGGGAUACCUGGAUUUUAUCGUGGUUGUGGAAUUACAGUUGCCAGAGCAGCACCUUCUAGUGCCAUAAUUUUUAUGACUUAUGUGAGUAUACGUACGAUAAUUUAA